AGGUGGGCGGGCCCUGGCGCCCGACUGCAGGCUGGGAGAGGCGGCGGGAGGUCCCAAGAGCGAACAGAAGCCACGGGAAGGAGCGUGCGGGCGUUUUGUUCCCUCGCCGUAAGGGCCUGCUGCCGGGCGUGUGUUCGUGGACAGAGCUGUUGUAGCGGAAACCCCGGUCCCCAGCCCUGCGUACUCGGUUCGGGCCGGACCAGACUGGUUCUCGUCCAGGGCCCGCCAUGGCCCAGCAGAGAGCCCUGCCCCAGAGCAAGGAGACGCUGCUGCAGUCAUACAACAAGCGGCUCAAAGACGACAUCAAGUCCAUCAUGGACAACUUCACCGAGAUCAUCAAGACCGCCAAGAUUGAGGACGAGACACAGGUGUCUCGGGCUACUCAGGGCGAACAGGACAACUACGAGAUGCACGUUCGAGCAGCCAACAUCGUUCGAGCUGGUGAGUCACUGAUGAAGCUGGUAUCCGAUCUCAAGCAGUUUCUGAUCCUCAAUGACUUCCCAUCUGUGAAUGAAGCCAUCGACCAGCGUAACCAGCAGCUUCGAGCCCUGCAGGAGGAGUGUGAUCGCAAGCUCAUCACCCUGCGGGAUGAGGUCUCCAUUGACCUGUAUGAGCUGGAGGAGGAGUACUACUCGUCCAGCUCAAGUCUCUGCGAAGCUAAUGACCUGCCUCUGUGUGAAGCUUACUGGAGGCUGGACCUCGACGCAGAUUCUGCUGAUGGCCUCUCAGUCCCUCUUCUGGCGUCCCCGGAGACUGGUGCUGGUCCCUUACAGUCUACAGCCCCUGUCCACUCCCAUGGUGGUGGCCCUGGCCCUACAGAACACACCUGAGCCUCUUGGGGUACCAUCGCAGGGUAGCCCUCCCUAGGGCCCUAGUUUAUCAGAAAGGAAGUGCUGUGGAUACCCACCACAGCUUAGCUUUUUUCAGUUUUAGCUCCCUUGGGGACUUUGGGAUCAGGAGCCACUGUAGCCUCAGGAACCUGUCCAGGCCAGGGCCAGUUCCCCGUGAUAGUUGGGGAAUGCUGUCCAGUUAUUUACAGGCAAGUGGCUCCCUUCUGACUGCCAGGUGGAAGUUUGUCCCAUUGAAGACCUUGAAUAGGGAGGGUGGUUGGUGAUAGGAAGACAGCCUCAGUUUGUUUAGAAUUGUGAGGUAUUCAGUGGACCUUAGUCAAGUCCAGUUACCCAUCCUUAGGUUCAGGUUCUAUAGAGAGCCCUGUCCACUGCCUGCUGCCUGGAGCAUAAAUGUCUGUGUCACAGCUGACUGUCCAAGAUUGUGUGAGAGGUAGCUAGCCAGGGCGUCUUCCUGGAUUCUCCCACCAUUUCCUUCUGCUACUUUUGAGAUGAGACCGUUGAAUAAAACAUUAGCUUUCUGUGC